UGGAAACCAACCUGGCUUCCAAGGAUAGUCACUGGGUCUACGUAAAUGAGGAAAUCAGUGACAAUGAAAUCUUGGAACUGGUGCACAGUGCGCUUGGAAGGAUGACAGUCAUACGCCAGAUUUUUCCUGUGACGCGUGAGAACAAUCAAAGAUGCUUGAGGAACAACCACAGGAUAUCGUCUCUCCUCUGUGACCCGCAGGAAGGCUACCUUCAAAUGCUUCAGGUCUCCAACCUCUAUCUCUAUGACAGUGUCCUCAUGCUGGCCAAUGCUUUCCACCGGAAGCUGGAAGACCGGAAGUGGCACAGCAUGGCAAGCUUGAACUGCAUGAGAAAAUCAACCAAACCUUGGAAUGGAGGCCGAUCCAUGUUGGAAACUAUUAAGAAGGGCCAUAUCAGUGGACUGACGGGUAUUAUGGAAUUCAGAGAAGACGGUGCCAACCCCUAUGUCCAGUUCGAAAUAUUGGGAACAAGCUACAGUGAAACAUUUGGCAAAGAUGUGCGAAGGUUGGCAACGUGGGACUCAAAGAAGGGGCUGAAUGGGAGUCUGCAGGAACGCCGUUUGGGCAGUGACUUGCAAGGAUUAACACUGAAAGUGGUGACUGUCUUGGAAGAACCAUUCGUUAUGGUGGCUGAGAAUAUACUUGGGCAACCGAAACGCUAUAAGGGCUUCUCCAUUGAUGUCCUGGACGCACUUUCCAAGAAUUUGGGCUUCAAGUAUGAGAUCUAUCAGUCUCCUGAUGGCAAAUAUGGACAACAGCUCCAUAACAGCUCCUGGAAUGGCAUGAUUGGAGAACUGAUUAACAAGAGAGCUGACCUAGCCAUCUCCGCCAUCACCAUCACACCAGAACGAGAGAGUGUGGUUGACUUCAGCAAGCGCUAUAUGGAUUAUUCUGUAGGAAUCUUAAUCAAGAAACCGGAAGAGAAGAUCAACAUCUUCUCCCUCUUUGCCCCCUUUGAUUUUGCUGUGUGGACUUGCAUAGCAGCUGCGAUCCCUGUAGUAGGUGUCCUCAUCUUCGUGCUGAACCGAAUCCAAGCUGUCAGAGCUCAGAAUUCCUCUCAGUCUGGAGCCUGCACUUCUUCCACGCUUCACAGUGCCAUAUGGAUUGUGUACGGAGCCUUUGUUCAGCAAGGUGGUGAGUCUACAGUCAAUUCCAUGGCAAUGAGGAUUGUAAUGGGUAGUUGGUGGCUCUUCACACUUAUUGUGUGUUCAUCUUAUACUGCUAAUCUAGCAGCAUUUCUCACCGUCAAUAGGAUGGACAAUCCCAUACGAACAUUUCAGGACCUUUCCAAACAAAUGGAUGUGUCUUAUGGCACCGUCAGAGAUUCAGCAGUUUAUGAAUACUUUAAAGCAAAAGGUACCAACCCUUUAGAGCAAGACAGCACUUUUGCUGAGCUGUGGAAGACCAUCAGUAAGAAUAAUGGAGCUGAUAAUUGUGUAGCAACCCCUACAGAGGGCAUCAGGAAGGCCAAGAAAGGCAACUACGCAUUCUUGUGGGAUGUUGCUGUGGUAGAAUAUGCAGCCUUGACAGACGACGAGUGCUCUGUGACUGUGAUUGGAAAUAGCAUCAGUAGCAAAGGAUAUGGGCUGGCUCUCCAGCAUGGCAGCCCUUACAGGGAUCUCUUCUCGCAAAGGAUCUUAGAACUCCAGGAAGCUGGGUACUUGGACGUGUUCAAGGAGAAAUGGUGGCCGCGGAUGGGACGCUGUGACCUGAACAGCCACGUCAACGCACAGACCGAGGGGAAAGCCUUGAAACUUCACAGUUUUGCAGGGGUUUUCUGCAUCUUGGCGAUUGGCCUGCUUCUGGCCUGCCUGGUGGCUGCCCUUGAGUUGUGGUGGAGCAGCAACCGCUGUCAUCAAGAAGCACCAAAAGAGGAUAAAGAAGUCAACCUGGAGCAGGUCCAUCGACGUAUGAACAGUUUAAUUGAUGAAGACUUAGCUCACAAGCAACUCUCCCCCGCUUCCAUUGAAAUCUCAGCCUUGGAGAUUGGUGGCAUGCCACCCAGCCAGGCCCUUGAGCCUGUCCGCGAAUACCAGAACACACAACUUUCUGUCACCUCUUUUUUACCUGAACAGACAGGCCACGGGGGCAGCAGGACACUCUCCAGUGCCUCUGGGAGCAACCUGCCACUGCCCCUGAGCAGCUCAGCCACAAUACCCUCCAUACAGUGUAAACACAGAUCGCCGAAUGGAGGACUAUUUCGUCAGAGCCCCGUGAAGACCCCCAUCCCCAUGUCAUUCCAGUCUGUGCCGGGCGGGAUCAUUCCAGAAGCCCUGGAACCCUCCCACGGAACAUCCAUAUAAGGGAAUCAACCAGCAGAGAUUUUUAAUACAACUGGGGGGGAAAAAAACAAAAAAACUCUUACAUUUUUCUU